CAAUUCUGUUUGGUUACGUUGUUUGAAACUUCACCGGCACGGCAGAACGCCGUAAGUCUAACCCAACGAUUCCGAUGGACGUGUCACGGCGGAACUCCAUUUUAUAGGGUUUUGAAGAAAGAAUAUUUGGUUUGGGCACAAGGGGAAGACGUCGGAAAGGGUAUUAGUGAUGGGUAAUUUAUUCGUUAAGAAACCAAAGAUCACCGAUGUUGAUCGAGCGAUUCUCUCUCUCAAAACCCAGCGACGGAAGCUUGGGCAGUACCAGCAACAGCUUGAUACUGUUAUUGAAGCUGAGAAGCAAGCUGCAAGGGACUUAAUUCGUGAAAAGAAGAAAGACAGGGCUUUGCUUGCACUAAAGAAGAAGAAGGCCCAGGAAGAAUUAUUGAAGCAAGUUGAUAACUGGUUGAUUAAUGUGGAACAACAAUUGGCAGACAUUGAACUGGCAAGCAAGCAGAAGGCUGUAUUUGAAAGCUUAAAGACUGGUAAUAAUGCUAUUAAAUCUAUACAAAGUGAAAUCAAUUUGGAGGAUGUUCAAAAAUUGAUGGAUGAUACAGCUGAAGCAAAAGCUUACCAAGAUGAAAUCAAUGCAAUAUUAGGGGAACAACUAUCUGCAGAAGAUGAAGAAGAAGUCUUAGCUGAAUUUGAGAGCUUGGAAACUGAGCUCACUCUUCAAGAUCUACCAAAAGUUCCCGCUCCUUCAGUGGCAUCUGCAGAAGAAGGCGCUCAUUUACAGAGGCCAGAAUCAGACAAGCCUCAGACAGCUGAGAGCAAUGGCAUUGAUGAAGACCUGGGGCUCCCGGACGUGCCAACCAAAGCCCCUGUCGCUCCUGAGGCUGUUGCAGAUGUUGGGGACAAUGCUCCCACAGGAGUAUCAACAAGAAGAAAAGUUAUGGAGGAACCAUUGCCUGCGUGAUUUGAUGGAAGAAUUCAGUUUUCAUCACUGUAUUUGACGACCUUGCAAGUAGGAACCUAUUCAGGAUCCUGGUUGAAACUCUUACGAUGUCUGUCGUUUGUGCUAUUACAGUUUCCUUCCCUCCCCCCUCCUUACGUUGUCAUCAAACAUUACUAACUUGGGAGUUGAUUCCUACAAUAUGUACAUUUUGGUUGAUAUAUCAGUGUAUAAAGCCUUCAUUUAUACAUUCCUUGUGCCUUAAAUUCA